UGCUGCUGAAGCUGCCGUUGUGUUGGUCGUCUGGUUGGCAGCACGGAGAACUUAAUGUGUUGCUUUAACCUAGUUUCUUGUCCACAGACGUUGGCUGCAGUUGAGCAAAAGAAGUAAAAAAAUCACCCAUCCCCACCUCUUGUUCCUCCAAAAGUUAUUUUGGACUCAGCAUGGUGGCCUUCUUCCUCUUCCUCCUCGUCGGCUGAGACAUCUUGGCCCUUCCAACGCUGGUCUCAGGGACCCUUUUGGAGCAAUGGACGGGGCCCAUCUCUGACCAGGAACCGGGCUUGUGCUGCUGAAUCACCUUGGUCAGCUGAGCCCAGCAUCUAUAAAUGGUUCAUUGCUAUCACUCCGGGUGACUAAUCGGGAUGUCUGAAGCCCAGUGCCUCUGUCUGGAGGUUGUUGGAGGCGGCUGAAGCAAAGUUUUGGAUUUAUGGCUCUCACAAAAGAGUUGGGCCUCAGUUUUGGCAUCAGGUUUGUUGCACUUGGGUGGACUUGAGCGAACUAUUAACACAAAGAGGGAAAUCUUUCUGAAACCAAUGCUCUGAAGCUGUUUAAUUGAGCACUCCUGUCGGCAUGGGAAAGAAGAAGAAGGGACUGUUGAAAAGCUACUGGUUUGGACUACAAAGCCCAGAAUUCUCCAGCUAGCAUGGCUGUUUAGGGCUGCAACUGCCAGAGGUCAUUUUGUGGAAACUCUCCUGGGAUCAGUGCCUAUCCCAGGUCCUCCACUUUUGGUUACACUGGUUUAGCACAUAAGAGUGAAAGACCAGUGACUGCUUUCAGAAUAUUAGUAGUUUAACCAUGCAUGUGACAAUACCUAAGGACCAAAAUGCCCUUUUGGGGAGCAAAGGACACUAUCGAUAUCACUGGCAGAGUCACAAUGUCAAGCAAAGCGGUGUGGAUGACAUGGUCCUUCUCUCGAAGAUCUCAGAAGAUUCCAUUGUGGAGAACCUCAAGAAGCGAUAUAUGGAUGAUUAUAUAUUUACGUACAUUGGAUCAGUGCUGAUUUCUGUGAAUCCCUUCAAGCAGAUGCCUUAUUUCGGAGAGAAAGAAAUUGAAAUGUACCAAGGAGCUGCUCAGUAUGAAAAUCCACCCCACAUCUAUGCUCUGGCAGACAAUAUGUACCGAAACAUGAUCAUUGACAGAGAGAACCAGUGUGUGAUAAUCAGUGGUGAAAGCGGUGCUGGUAAAACUGUAGGAGCCAAGUACAUCAUGAGUUAUAUCUCCAAAAUAUCAGGAGGGGGUCCGAAAGUGAAGCACGUGAAGGACAUCAUUUUGCAGUCUAAUCCUCUUUUGGAGGCCUUUGGAAACGCCAAGACAGUUCGGAACAACAAUUCCAGCCGGUUUGGGAAGUACUUUGAAAUCCAGUUUAGUCCGGGUGGGGAACCUGACGGAGGCAAGAUAUCCAACUUUUUGCUGGAGAAAUCGCGGGUGGUCAUGAGGAACCCUGGGGAGAGGAGCUUCCACAUCUUUUACCAGUUGAUUGAAGGCGCCUCCAGUGAGCAGAAGUCCAGCCUUGGCAUCACCAGUAUGGACUACUACCACUAUCUGAGCCUUUCGGGAUCCUACAAAGUGGAUGACAUUAAUGACAAAUCGGAUUUCCAGGAAACUCUGCAUGCCAUGAAUGUGAUUGGGAUCUUUGCAGAGGAGCAGGCGUUGGUGCUGCAGAUUGUGGCCGGGGUGCUACAUUUGGGCAAUAUUACCUUCAAAGAAGUUGGCAACUAUGCUGCUGUGGAGAGCGAGGAAUUCCUGGCGUUCCCAGCCUUCCUCCUAGGAAUUAACCAGAGCCGACUCCAAGAGAAACUGACCAGCAGGCAGAUGGAUAGUAAGUGGGGCGGCAAGUCAGAGUCCAUCAACGUGACUCUCAACGUGGAGCAAGCCUGCUACACCCGGGACGCCUUGGCCAAAGCGCUUCACGCCAGAAUCUUUGACUACCUAGUGGACUCCAUAAAUAAGGCUAUGGAAAAGGAUCACGAAGAAUAUAACAUUGGUGUCCUGGACAUCUACGGCUUUGAGAUAUUUCAGAAAAAUGGCUUUGAACAGUUCUGCAUCAAUUUUGUUAACGAAAAGUUGCAGCAGAUCUUUAUCGAACUGACCCUGAAAGCAGAGCAGGAAGAAUACGUCCAAGAAGGGAUACGCUGGACACCCAUUGACUACUUCAACAAUAAAAUUGUUUGCGACCUCAUAGAGAACAAAGUGAACCCACCAGGCAUCAUGAGCAUUCUGGAUGACGUCUGUGCCACGAUGCAUGCUGUGGGAGAGGGAGCCGACCAGACUCUCCUCCAGAAGCUGCAGAUGCAGAUCGGGACUCACGAGCAUUUCAACAGCUGGAACGAGGGCUUCAUCAUCCACCACUACGCUGGGAAGGUGUCCUACGACAUGGAUGGGUUCUGCGAGAGAAACCGAGACGUCCUUUUCAUGGACUUGAUUGAGCUCAUGCAAAGCAGUGAAUUGCCUUUUAUAAAGGCACUAUUUCCAGAGAACCUCCAAGCCGAGAAAAAAGGCCGGCCAACGACUGCUGGAAGUAAAAUCAAGAAACAAGCCAAUGACCUUGUGGGCACCCUGAUGAAAUGCACACCGCAUUACAUCCGUUGCAUCAAGCCAAAUGAAACCAAAAAGCCUCAAGACUGGGAGGAGAGCAGGGUAAAGCACCAAGUGGAAUACCUUGGACUCAAAGAAAAUAUUCGCGUACGGCGAGCAGGUUACGCUUAUAGGCGAGUGUUCAAAAAAUUCCUGCAGAGGUAUGCCAUCCUGACCAAAGCCACCUGGCCUUCUUGGAAAGGCGAUGAAAAGCAAGGGGUCCUCCACCUGCUCCACUCCGUCAACAUGGACCCUGACCAGUUCCAGCUUGGGAGAACAAAGAUCUUCAUCAAAGCCCCAGAGUCUUUAUUUUUGUUGGAGGAGAUGAGAGAACGGAAGUACGAUGGCUAUGCGCGGGCAAUCCAGAAGGUGUGGCGGAAAUAUGUGGCCAGGAAGAAAUACGUGCAGAUGAGAGAAGAAGCCUCUGAUCUGCUGCUGAAUAAGAAGGAGAGAAGGCGAAACAGCAUCAACCGGAACUUUGUGGGAGACUACAUUGGCAUGGAGGACCGGCCGGAGCUGCGCCAAUUUCUGGGCAAACGAGAAAAGAUAGAUUUUGCAGACACGGUCAUCAAAUAUGAUAGGAGGUUUAAGGGCAUCAAGCGAGACCUCAUCCUCUCCCCAAAAUGUGUGUACCUGAUUGGGCGCGAAAAGGUUAAGCAAGGCCCUGACAAAGGCCUUGUGAAGGAGGUGCUGAAGCGUCGGAUCGAAGUGGAGAAAGUCCUCUCUGUUUCUCUAAGCACAAUGCAGGAUGACCUCUUCGUUUUACAUGAGCAACAGUAUGACAGCCUCCUGGAAUCGGUCUUCAAGACAGAGUUCCUGAGUCUUCUGUCCAAGCGCUAUGAGGAAAAGACCCAGCGGAGGCUGCCUCUGAAAUUUAGCAACACGCUGGAAGUGAAGCUGAAGAAGGAGACUUGGGGCCCCUGGAAGGGCGGAGGGUCUCGCCAGGUGCAGUUCAGCCAGGGUCAGGGCAACGUGGCCAUCCUCAAGCCAAGCAAUAAAGUGCUGCAGGUCAGCAUUGGUCCUGGACUUCCAAAGAACUCCCGUCCCACCAGAAGGCACGUGAACCAAAACCGAGGAUAUUCCAACCGGACCCAAGGCCAGAACUAUCCCACAAGGGCAGCCCCACCUCCUCCCGGUCUCCAUCAGAACGGAGUGAUCCAACUCGCCCAACACACGCUGCACCCUCAAGGCCUAGCCAGCCAGAGAGCCAGCCAGAGAAGCCUGUACACCGCUAUGGCAUGCCCACCCUUGCCGCAGGUCUCAGGCGGGCCAGACCGCAUUUCCCAGCAGCCAAACAGCCUCGACUUCCUCAGGGUCCCAGAACAGGGUGCUGCCGGGGCUCGGAGGCAGACCACAAGCCGACCCCCACCAGCAGGAGGCAGACCCAAGCCACAGCCAAAACCAAAGCCUCAGGUACCCCAGUGCAGGGCACUUUACGCCUACGAUGCUCAGGACACAGACGAACUCAGCUUUAAUGCCAACGAUGUCAUCGAUAUCAUAAAAGAAGAUCCUUCAGGCUGGUGGACAGGGAGGCUGAGAGGGAAACAAGGACUCUUCCCAAAUAAUUAUGUGGCCAAGGUGUAAUCCUUUGGGCCGAGGGACCCUUGUUGCACACGAUCAUUCCAGAGGAAGAGGCCUUCCAAAGCCUUGCGAUGUAACUGUAAAGCGACAGUUCGCUGCAGGAUCUCUCACCUGUCGUUGCCAGAGGCAGCAGAUGGGCACAGGAUUAUCUCUGCUUAUUCUCCAAGAAGCCAAAGCGCAGCACAUGCCUCAAAUGCCCGAGAAACCAAACCAAGGAAUUAUUUAUUUUAUUUAACGCCUUUUUAUUCUCAUGAAAGAAGAGGAGCGUGUUUUAAAUUCCAUGCCUCUUGCCCCUUUUCCUUUUCUGUUCAAAUUCUGGAAAUAGCCAGGUGCUCUCUGAGAGGACUUUGGAAGAGAUGUCUUUGGAGGUUUUAUUUUAUUUUCCUCACGUGCCUUUAGUUGCUCUGGUGACUGCCUUCUAAAUUACCUUAACAAAAUAAUGGCAUUAUAUGCACAUUGCCUCUGCUGUGUGACUUUGCAGAAAAGCACAGUCACAAGUUAUGCUGCUACCUGCCUUAGGAAUGUAGGUGUUUCCUUCCUUUUGGAAUCUCGUCCUUGUCUUCCGCCUUCCCCUGACUCUGCUUCAGAGACCUCACAAGAAUCUUGUGACCUACGACAGUCAAGGCACUGCAACUAAAGGAAGGCCGUCUUUGUACACUGUUUGGAUUGCAUUGGGUGAAUGUGGCUGGUCCAUGUUUGUCUGUUUUCUUAUUGCUGUAUAAGUUAGGGAAAUCAAUCGCCACACAUUCUCUGCCUCCCUCCUGGGAACGCUGUUGGCUAAACUAAGACAACAUGCAAUGUAGAUUUUAAGGUCCAGUAAGAGAUAAACCUGAUUGAAGGUUUUGUGGUGACCGUUUUGGGGCCAGGUACUUCCACAUACGCACUAAUAAAAGGGAUCAAGUCAGUUUUAAUGGAGCUUUGUUAAGCCCAGCUGCCUCCUGCAUCCGUCACAAGAGCUGUUGCAUACCCACUGCAUGCCAGUUUAUCUGUUUUCUUCUCCAGCGCCAUCAAUAAAAACCAUAGGAACUAAA